GGGUUCAAUACGACGUACGCUGCCGGUGGCCCUAUAAACCCUAACAACAACAACAACAAUAUCUUCCUCAAGUACUAUAAUUAAGUAAAUAAAUAACAAUUAUACAUAAGAUAAAAAGAUGCCUGACGCAGCAGCCCUUAAAACAGGGGCGAUAGUGUCAGCUACCUAUGACAUGAUUUUACAGGUUGGACUGCGGAUCUUGUCUUUCAUCCUGAAUGCUUUUAUCGUGCGUCACGUCAGUCAAGAAGUGUUUGCUGUAAUGACUGUUCGGCUUCACUUGUUGUAUUCCAUGGGACUUCUGCUGUCACGUGAGGCCUUCAGGCGGGCAGCAUUAAGCUCUAAAGGAUCUGGGGAUAUCAGCAAGGUUAUCAAUCUGGUUUGGAUUGGAGUAUUAGUGUCAGUCCCUGUGUGUGGUGCAGGCUGGUAUGUAUGGUCACACGUGAUGGAGAGACCACCAGAGGCUGUGACCACAGAUUAUGAUGCUGGUGUAGUCUUCAUGGCUUUAAGUGUUUUUCUAGAGGUAGCAGCUGAGGUACCAUUUGUUUUGGCAGAACUACAACUCUGGAGCAAAACUAAGGUUAUGAUUGAGGGAUUAAUGCAAGUACUGCGCUCCAUUCUUCUGACAGUCUGUGUGUUCUGGCCCGUGCAAGCAGUCUUCAUGUAUGGUGUCACGCACAUGUUGGGCUCUUUAGUAUAUUGUUCUUCAUACUAUGGCCUCUUUAUUCAAGCAUUCAGCAGCAAAAUAGAUGCCAGAAAAUUGCCAGUUCAAAGAAUAAGACAUCUAUUUCCUAGAUGGAAGCAAGGAAAACUCUUGCCUCAAGUGGAUAGUGAGCUGGGAACCUUGGCAUGGAGUUUCUUUAAACAAGGAUGGUUAAUGGAAGCUCUAACAGAAGGAGAAUUUUAUCUAAUGAAUUUCUUUCCAUUGAUUUCCUUAGCCCAACAGGGUGUGUAUCAGGUAGUGAAUAAUCUGGCAUCACUCGCUGCCCGACUUGUGUUUAGAAGUAUAGAAACUGCAGCAUACAAGUACUUUGCUCAGAUGUUAUACCGGGGUAAACCAAUACAAGAACAGAAUCAGGAUCGGAUAAAAGAGGUGGUUAGAUUUUUGUCUUCGUUGUUGCACAAUCUGAUGCUCAUUAGUAUGCUGAUGUUAACAUUUGGUUGGUCUUACUCCAGUCUGGUGCUGCAGUUGUAUGGUGGUCACCAGCUGAGCGAUGGGGGAGGGACACCAUUGAUGAAAGCACAGUGCUUCUAUGUCAUUUUUCUGGCUAUCAAUGGUAUCACAGAAUCUUACACGUUUGCUGUCAUGGAUGAUGUACAACUUUCAAGGUACAACCAUUUGUUGAUACUGUUCUCUGUUGCAUAUAUUGGAACAGCAGUUGUCUUCACACAGAUAUUUGGGGCCCUUGGUUUUAUCAUGGCAAACUGCCUUAAUAUGGGCUUCCGUAUUAUACACAGUUAUUGGUUCAUUCAUAAGCAAUACCAAGGAAGUGAAUACCAUCCCCUGAAGUCUUUACAGAUCCCACUCAGAGUUGUUGCCAUCUUUGUCUUUACUCUUAUCCUCACAGCAAUUUCAGAGGCUUCUGUUUACCCGAGGAAUAUAAUACUACACGCUGGAGUUGGUGGAGUGUGUCUUGUAGCUGUCACCUACUUGUUGCGCUGGGAGUUCAAGCCUUUGUUGGAGAAGAUAUUACAGUUUACCAGUAAAUCUCUCUCAAGAUUUAGUGAGCAGAAUGAAGACUCUGACAAACAUCAAUUUAGUAAAGUAUUAUUAGUAGAUAAAGUACAUUGGUUCCUGUAUAGGAGAUAAUUUAAACAGUUUUUAUAUACAGUGGACCCCCGGUAUUCGAUAUUAAUCCGUUCCUGAGAGCUCAUCGAAUACCGAUAAUAUCGAAAACCAAAUCAAUUUUCCUCCCAAGAAAUAAUGAAAAUCAAAUUAAUCCAUGCAAGACACCCAAAAGUAUGAAAAAAAAAAUUUACUACAUGAAAUAUUAAGUUUAAUGCAAUAGAAUAAUUACAAUAACAAUAAAAUAAUUGACACUUACCUUUAAUGAAGAUCUGAUGAUGAUUGAUGGGAUGGAAGGAGGGGAGAGGUGUUAGUGUUUAGAAGGGGAAUCCCCUUCCAUUAGGACUUGAGGUAGCAAGUCCUUUUCCAGGGUUACUUCCCAUCUUCUUUUAAUGCCACUAGGACCAGCUUGAGAGUUACUGGACCUCUGUUGCACAACAAAUCUGUCCAUAGAGCUCUGUACCUCCCGUUCCUUUACGAUUUGUCUAAAAUGGGCCACAACAUUGUCAUUGUAAUAGCUGUGUUAGGGUGAUUUUCAUCCAUAAAGGUUUACACUUCAACCCACUGUGCACACAUUUCCUUAAUUUUUGAAGUAAGCACAAUGUAUUCCACAACUGGUAUAGGCUUCUCAGGGUUAGCCCCAAACCCUUCAAAAUCUUUCUUAAUUUCCAUACUAAUUCUCACUCUUUUUACCACAGGGUUGGCACUUGAAGCUUUCUUGGGGCCCAUGGUGACUUAUUUUGCAGAAACAAACACCAAACACAGUGAUAAUAUGGAUAGUAUGGAAUGUACCGAAUGUAUUCUUAGAUGCUCACACACAGGCUGGCUUGUAAACACUGGCACACUAGGGGCAAUUCAGGCCGUAUGUGGACAGGUCUCGUAUGAAUCGUAUCGAAUACUGGGUUUUCAAUCGAAUACUGAGGAAAAUUUUUUGCGAUAUAAUGCAUCGAAUACCGGAUUUAUCGAAUACCGAUGCCAUCGAAUACCGGGGGUCCACUGUACAUGUAUGCAAUAAAUUCUGAACAAAAAAUUGAGUGGUUCUUAAACCUUAAGCUGUUCAUGAUAUAAAAAUCCAGAGAUAUUUAUAUGAAAUGCACAUAUGAUGUGUGUUAUACAUAAACCAGAGCCUGAUUCCUGGAACUAUUUAUAAACAGGUUGAGCACAUUUUGUGAAUAUAAUAAUGUGUUCAUGCACAAAACCCAAGAAGGUCAUACAGUGCAUUCAUAUAUGUGGGCCCACCUAAUACUACAAUUUUUUUUUUCAACAAACCGGCCAUAUCCCGUCAAGGUGGGGUGGCCCAAAAAGAAAAACGAAAGUUUCUCUUUUUAAAUUUAGUAAUUUAUACAGGAGAAGGGGUUACUAGCCCCUUGCUCCUGGCAUUUUAGUCGCCUCUUACAACACGCAUGGCUUACGGAGGAAGAAUUCUGUUCCACUUCCCCAUUGAGAUAAGAGGAAAUAAACAAGAACAAGAACUAGUAAGAAAUUAGAAGAAAACCCAGAGGGGUGUGUAUAUAUAUACUUGCACAUGUAUGUGUAGUAUGACCUAAGUGUAAGUAGAAGUAGCAAGACGUUUAUGAGACAGAAAAAUAGACACCAGCAAUCCUACCAUCAUGUAAAACAAUUAUAGGCUUUCGUUUUACACUCACUUGGCAGGACGGUAGUACCUCCCUGGGCGGUUGCUGUCUACCAACCUACUACCUAGAAUACUACAAAAUAUUCCCAGGUAAAACAAAUUGUCCUAUACUGUACUAAGGAAAAAGUUAGCUUAUUUUGAAUCCCAGUGAAACCUACUAGGCUUCCAGAGAAGUUACUCUUAUAUUGGGAUGUUCAUGGUAUAUAGUUAUAAAAUGCCAUAUAAAGAACUUAUCACUGAUCAGAACUGCUACACAGCAGUUGAGUGUAUCAUGCCAAUAAUAGUCCUGGUACCAAGUCUUGUUUGUAAUAUUCCAGAUGACUGCUAAAUCUGCCAUGUACUCUGCAAACAGUGUCUGCUUGAUCCUCGUCACUGAGGUGUUAUCAAUUUUUGGUUAUGAUUUUUUUUCUUACUUUCUCUACUUUGUCAUAUGUUUGUACCCUGCUUGGUACAAUACUCACCUCAAGGUCCUCUUUGAAUGAAGAGAGUGGGUGUAUGCGUGCAUGUGUGCAUGGGCAUAUGUGUGCAUGGGCAUGUGUGUGCAUGUGCAUGUGUGUGCAUAUGCAUGUGUGUGCAUGUGCAUGUGUGUGCAUGUGCAUGUGUGUGCAUGUGUGUGUGUAUUGCGACAACUGAAUGGGUCACAAUGUAGAUAAUGUAUAUUAACUGUUCAUAUAAUUUUAUAUUGCUUAUAUUUGCGAUAUUAGCUAAAUCGUAAAUAUAUUGCUUUAUAUUAUUUGGCUUAGUUAUAUUAUUAGGUAGGAUGUAACAUUUAUAUAUUCAGUGCUCAUAGUUUGAGUGUUAAGUAGCUGACAGCAUUGUCUAACUAUCGCUCUGCUUGUUUCCCUGCCAGCUUCUCUGUAGUUGCUGGGCAGCAGCAGUCCACGGAGAGUCACAUGAUCGUGGGGGGGGGGGUGAUCACACCUCACCAGGAGAGAGAGUCGAGCUGGCCUGCGCUAGAUUAUUGUCUGUUUGAUGUGCCUUCCAACAAGAGGUCCCUCUCUAGCUCACCACUGCAGGCCCUUGUUGGAAGAUCGUCUCUGUCGCUUUCUUGUUGGUUCUGUGUAACUCUGUUCAUAGAACAUGGUCUAGACUUAGUGAUUUUCGACGUUGUACUGAGGGUGUGUGUCUCAUAGACACUGAGAAACUCAGGUCCUGAGCUGUAGCUUCUGACCUAAUUUGUACUGGUAUCUGUGUACUGUCACAGUCAGGGAUUUUCUAAUGCUGAACUUAGAUUCAGUAGUAGGGGAGUUUUGUGACUUUUGUGGAGGAUCUACAGAUGGUUCCUACUUAGUUUCGUUAUAUUAUGUCCUUGUUCCUGAUUCUGUGCUGCUGUUGCUUGUUAUAUUGCUGUUCGGCUUAUCAGUCGUUUUAUUGUUCUAGUAAGCUGUUCUGAUUGCCAGGUUGGUCAAGAAGUUAGUUUAUGUGAGGACUUGUAGACAGUCACUGGUUAAGUCUAGUCGAGUCUUGAGACAUAGCGAACUACUUAGAGCACUUACACACAUACUUGUAUAUACAGUAUAUGUAUUAUGUCUUUAGAUGCUAACAAUGUACCAGAUGGUACUUAAAAGCCAUACGGAUGUGAUAUGUGCCUUCAGAUCAAUACUGUUCACGAGAGAAGAGUAGGAACUUGUAUCCUAAAUUAAUUUCAGUUGAUUACUUUAAUUUACUUUGAUAAU